AUGCGGCACUCAGUCAAGGAAGAGCCCCCUGCGAUCCUCAGCCCUAUUGUCUUUUUCCUCUACAUGCUGCCCCUCAUCGUCCUCAACGACAGCUACUUCCUGCCCACCCGGACCUUCUUAGAGAACGUGGGCAUGGUGUUGUGCUAUGCCUUGGUGUGCACCCUGUGGAAUAGCAUUGGCGUUGGCCUGUCUCUCUAUGUCAUCUGCCAGAGUGAGGCAUUCUGGUUGAAGGACACCGAUCUGCAGGAGAACCUGCUGUUGGCCUCCAUCCUCUCUGUGGUGGACCCGUUAGCUAUGUUCGGCGGUGUCUAA